CCUUUUUUCUUGUGUACAAUUUUAAUAGAAUAACAUAUUAUGGAUGGGUUUGUUUAUAACCUUUUUAGCCUAUUUCAACAAAUAUCGUGAAAAAAACUAGACAUAUGUUGAAGUAAAUCACAUUUUAUUAAAAUUAAAACAACAUUUUUGAAUUUUGAUACCUUUCACCUCGGUUUAUUCGUGUGAAAUUUAAUUAGUUAUAAAAUAUAUUUAUAAUGUAUAAUAAUUAUAUAUUUUACGUUGGGUUGAUUUUUUACUUAAAAAUAUCGCCAACCCGACCCAACCGAAUUAGAAACAAACCGUAGGGUUUAAAUUUUUUUGGGUGAGUUUGGGUUUGAUAAUUCUCAAACCGUAGUGCAUGGGUCGGGUGAUUAAAAUGGUUAAACCCGAACCACCCGACCCAUGUACACCCCUAGUCAAAACCGCACUUGCUUGGUCCGGAAAUGUGAGUAUAGGUGUCAAUCGGGCGGGAUCGGGCUGGGUUCAAUCGGGUUUGGGUUUAAACGGGUUGCGGGUUAUUCGGGUUGCGGGUUCAUCGGGUUCAUAGGGUUCGGGUUCAAACGGGUUGCGGGUUCGUCGGGUUGCGGGUUCAUCGGGUUCGGAUUCAAUCGGGUUGCGGGCAAAUCGGGUUGCGGGUUCAUCGGGUUUUGGGUCGGACGGGUUGCGGGCGGAUCCGGUUUCGGGUUGUUCGGGCCAGCGCAUCAAGUAACUUAACUCAUUACUCAUUAUCAACUUACACAUUUUAUUACACUAAUUUAAAAUAUUUUCUCAACUUUUUAACCAAUUUAUUUCUACCUCGUAUAUAUAUACUUUAUUUAAAAAAAAACUAGUCAAAAUGUUAAAUCAAUUUGUAUGACUUGCAAACUUGUUAUGUAAUUAAUCAUAAUUGGUAAAGUAUUAUAGCUAAUAGUAAUGGUGAUAUCAAUAUUUGCAACCAAAAGACACCAUUAAUUGUUUAUUUGAUAUUUUAGUAUUAAUUCAGUAGUCAUUGGAUUAAAGUAUCUCGUUUAAUAUAACCAUGCAAAUCUGGUAUUUGGGGUGUGCUAUUUGGCAAAAGCAUAGUGAUAAAAGGAGUUAUUUCGAAAUAACUGAUUGCCCAAAUAACUUCAGUAAACUGUUGCCAAACGAGUUAUUUGUAAAAUUGUUUGAAUUAUCCUAAAAAUUGAACCAUUAAAGAUUAACUAUCAAAUUUAGUAAAAUUAUUUUGACUUCAAUCAUAACUUACUCAAUAGCAUAUAUCCUAUACACUUAGCCUUACCCUCAAUCAACAAUAUUAAGUUAGUAUAUAUUGUUGAUUGUAUACCCUAAACCAUCAAUACAUUAUACACUAACCACAUAACCUAUACCCUAUACCCUAACCAUAUGUCUUUGAGUUGUGAUUUUGCUAGUAUAGUUAAUUUAAAAGUGAAAUUCAUACUUUGAUUUUCAAAACAUAGAUAAAAAGUGAUAUUUGCUAAUUGUUAUACCCUAACCAUAUAUCCUAUACUUUACACCACAUACCUUGUAUCCUAACCACGUCCCAUAAACAUAAAUUAAAAAGGGAUUUCCUGCCGUUAAAUAAUUCAAAUGACUUCAAGUGAACAUAUGUUAAUAAAAAACUUGGAACCGUCAAAACCAUCAAUAUCUUAUACCCUAACCAUAUACACCCUAAGCCAUAUGUACCUUAUACCCUAUACCCUAACCAUAUACUCUACAUCCUAAACAACGAACCGUCAAAGAUUACUUAUCAAGUUUAGUAUAAACUAGAUAAAUGGCCCGCGCUCCGCGACGGUAUCCUUUUGUGAUGAAAAUGCACAUGGUUUUUUUUGUUUAACCACACACCCAUAUCGGGUACCUUAUUUGAGCCAAAUCACAAUUUUUUUACAACAUUGAGGUAGCAAAUUUUCGUGAAUCCUUAUUCAUAAUGCGUUGAAUGUAGUAGGCUGUUACUCGGAGUUGGCGCAUAAAAAUUGAAGAAAUAUGGCACACUCAGAAGACAGUAUAAUAGUUUCUAAUAUUUUGUGAAUUCAUAGCACAAUGAAAGUUGUCUCGCAUACUCCGUAGUAGGGCUGGCUAUUUGGACCGGGACCGGAUGAAAAACCGGAAACCGGACCGUAUAACCCGAACCGAGACCGGACCGGAACCGGAUAGUAAACAAUCCAAUCCAAUCUUUGGGCUUAGAUUUGAGGUAAAAAACCGGAUAAAGACCGGAUAAGAGAGCUCAACACCCAAAACUUAAGGGUAAUUUGCAUAAACGGUCACAAACCAUUGCACUUAGUACUAAACUUAACCAACUCCUCACCCUUUUAGGCCUUAGGCCACUCAAAUUCCCACAAUCUCAAUAUAAAAUCAAGACCGAAUUGGGACCGGACCGGGUCAAGACCGGACCGGAUCAAAACCGGACUGUAUCCAAUCCAAUCUUCGGUCCUUAUAUUUUCAAAAAAACCGGACUGGACCAGAUCAAUUUGGGCCAAUUUAACCGGACCGUAUAGCCACCCAUACUCCGUAGACCUAUUCAAUCCAAUAUUCUAAAUUAUAAAAUUAGUGAAAGUGAAAUAACAAAUACAUAAGCACCUA